AUGGAAUAAUUAUAAAGAUAACCAGCUAAAUAACUUUAUUUUACAACUGAAUUGUUUAAAAAUAAAUUUAUAACAGAAAAAGAAAAAAUUCAAUUAAAAGAAUUUAUUAUUGCAUAAGAUGAUUUUUUAACAUCUUAUUUUGAUUAAUAUGAAAGAAAUGAUAUUACAGAAUAAGAAUUAAGAGAAGUAUUUUUAUUAAUUUAUAUUAUUUAGAAAUUAAUUAAAUUAGUUAGAACAGACUAUUUCAAAGACACUAAAUUUAAAUAAAAUUGA